AUGAAGCGGCGCGUGUGGCUGAGGGCAGACACAAUAGCAGCCGCCGCCGCCGCCCGACGCGCCAAGCCUUCUCAGAACCGGUCCCGAGGGCAGCGCUCUGCCGAAUUUUGCGUCGACCACCCAUCGCCCCCCGCGCUGCUUUACCACGCGUCGAGCUGCCCGAUACUUAUCGCACCUGUAUUUAUGACUAGAAACACCAUUACAGAUAUAGUCCCCGGGCGAAGAAAUCGCAAAGUCAAGACCACCCGUUGUAGUUUCUGUUGCCAGUGUAAUAAAUCGUUUUGUGGUCUGUGGCCACAGUACGCAAACUCUGCGUUUGACUUAUGCUUAGCAACAAGCGUAGCACACUCAUAA